GUAGUUAUCGCCCUUGUGAUAUUGAUAUGUUGCGGCAGCGGCAUGAAAAUAUGUCAAACAUCCAACACAGAGGAAACACGUGAUUUAAUUUGCCACAGUAAGACAUUCGCGGUGACGACUUCUUUUUUAACUGAGCACCAUGAAACCAUUGGUUCGUCCAAUCCUUUGUCUCACCCUGGACCAAACAGUGGGACUUAUGAAGGCGGUAGGAUGACAAGGUUAGGGACGCUUGGCGACAUCAAUGAUCUGCCCAGUUAUGGAGCAGUUUUGGCCAGUGGUCCGACAGCAUCAACAACCGAUAUGACGCCACCCCUUUAUACAACGGUUGUAAAUGAAGGACGUCCCAUGAGGCCAGUGAGCGGAAACAUGUGUAAGAGAAUUUUGUCAUUUCAUAUUAAUAAACAAGUUCCAAACGAAUUACAACUGCCAUAAGAUUUAAAAUUAUGGGAUAUUCAGGUUUUGUGUUAUUACUCUGAAAUGGCUUUAAACUAUUCGUUUACACAUAGUCCCUUCUUAAUAAUUAUGUGCCUAUGUACUUAAAUAGUACUUUAGACCCACAGUGAUAACAGAAUAAACGUGUUGUCAUCUAUAUGGUUAUUUAGAAUGAAUUUAGCUUUGAGCAACACAAGAUGUGUUACAGACGAGUCGGUGGUCAUACUAGACAUCAAUUUGAAUAUUGCGUCAUUAUCCUCAUCUGAUUACAUAUAUAUGUUUAGUGUGCUCAGCCUUACAAAUAUGGAGUGCUUUAAAGUUCUGUUGUUGGUAUGAAAAUUUACAUUCAGAAUGUUCCUAUAACCCAUGAUCUAUUAGUUUUCUAAUUUUUUUUUUAUUUUCUAAAAAACUUUCUUGUCAGCAAAAAAAAUGUUUAAAUAUAAUUUAAAAAAUCAUAUUUUGCAUUCUCCUGAAUCUGAUGUUGUACAAUUGCGGCGUUAACUAUCUUUACGUUGAUUGCAGUGAGGGUCACUGAUGACGUUCCUCCUCCUCCAUAUCCAGGAACUGAAUCCAUCAUUUAACUUUACUAAUAGGAUCUAUCAUAGUUGGUAAGUUCCCUUUGAGGGUUUAUAGAAGGCCCGAAAAUUUAAGCCGCAACUCCAAUGAGUCUAAAGUGAUAUUUGUUAGGUCAUUCUUUACAUUUGUUUUCACUUACUUAUGAUAGCAGUCAACUUAUGUCAAUAGUUUCUAACAUGACAAUGCCAAUUCUAAGCGAUCAUUUUAUUUUCCAUUCCACGUUGUUGAUUCAAUCAAAUGGGGUGUUUAGUUAGCAAAAUAAAAUGUCAGUUUUCUAGAUAGGACACGUUUAUAAUCACUUUUGUUGGAAGCUUUACUAUAUUCUGAAGCAUACAACAAUUUCUCAGCCCCGCCUCUAUUUUUUGUUUUCAGUAGAGGUACGAAUCUGCGAGAUCUCAUUGUGCGCAGUUCCACUCAGGCUUCCCCUUCUGACUUUGAGAACAAGCCAUAUGGAUUCAGACGUUCAAAAACCUGAUCUUUUAUUAUUCCCUGAUCUAAGGGUAUUUUCAGCUAUGGGAGUGAUUCAUUAGUGCUUCACGCAGUGUUGUCUACGUCAUUCCAGAUGGCGCAUCUAGUUUAGACUGGACGUCACCACUCGGAAAGAUGUAAUAAACACCUUCACAAUGUUGCCCAAGAUAAGAAGUGUCCCAUGUCAAAACACUUUACUGAAGCGACCACAAGGGCUCCGUGGAUUCGGCUUUCACCGACCAUUGUGUCGGGUCCAAAAACGUCCGCCAGUGGAAAUUCGGAGAACAAACUGAUUCCAACGUAUGGGACCAUGACAUGACAUGAACAUCAUGUUCUCAUUCACUUGUUAAAAUUGCCCUACCUUGUUACCACCUGCAUGAUUGAACUUAUUUUUCCUCUCUCCCGCCCCCCCCCCUGUAGUCUGUUUUAAGUCUCUAGCUUCUAAUGCUCUAACCGUUCGUGUUGCUGCGUUAUCGGAUACAACAGUGUAGGAUUGUUUAUUUUACUAUAUUCC